UUAGAUACAUCCGUAUCUAGACAAAUCUAAGACAAGAAUUUUGGGACGGAGGGAGUAAGACCUUGCACUAGUAACUGAGUAUCUUAAGAAAUAACAACUAUACUCCCUCCGUGUCAAAAUAUAAGACGUUUUUUGACACUGAUACAGAGGGAGUACUUUGCAUCAUUGCUAUUUGGAUGUCUAGUGAACUAAUGUAUACCAGCUUUUGUGUGCGAGUUCUUCUUGUUAGCAGGAUAUGCAUGAACUUGAAAAAACAAUGCUGUUGUUUCCUCCUGUGGUUAAGGAGGGAAGGUGCACCAGAUUGAGGUACCUGAUUUCUCUUGUCAGCCCUUUCACUUUUAUGUGUUGAUAUUGCUUGUUUUUUGCUCAAACACGUGCCAGGAAGUGUGAUUCUUUUUUUUAUUAGAAGAAGAACACCAAGAAAUUGGAAAAGCUUACAAGGUGAAACCUCCUAAGCAAGGGAACCAAAAUCCUGAGCUAGCCAAGAGCAUAAAAGCUAAAAAAAGACAUGUUGGAAAUGGCGGACGAUGAGUUAACUGAUAUGAUGUAUGACAUGGAGUUUGGAGAACUGAUGAAAGACUGGAUAGAAGAUUGGUCAGAUGAUGAAAAUUCAGAUCGUGGAGAUAGGUCAGAGAAUGGGAACGUAUUGGAAGAUCUUAAUAUGGAUGAACAUGAUGAUGGUCAGGAAAACAAUGAGCAUGAUGAUGGUGAGGAAAACAACUCGGAGAUCUCGAAUGAAGAUUACAUUAGUCAGCUCAUUUCCGAAUGUCAUAAUGCGUACGACUAUUACGGUGAAUCCGACGCGGAGACAGGCCUUGAUGUCGAAUCAUUAGCUGCACCUGAUUCUGGGGAGUCGCAAUCGUCGGUCAUCAUGAGUGAGGUGAUAGAAGUUGAGGGGAAAAAGAAUGUCCAAGAUACUGCUAGUGCAGAUGAUAAGAGGGAUAUGUUCAUGCAGAUAAUACAAAUGACUUUUACGUCUCACGAGCCUGCGUAUGAUUUCUACAACAGCUAUGCUAGAGAUAAUGGUUUCAGCAUUAGAAAGAAUAGGGUCAGGUAUAGCAAAACCGAGUCACGUCACAUGCGUUAUAGGCGGUUUGUUUGUUCCAGACAAGGAAAACGUGACAGCAGGUUGCUAAUCAAGGAAGGACACAGCCGUAGGCGCUCAGACCCGAGACACGCUGCCACUGCGAAGCGCACCUGA